AUGGCUAAACUUCAACCCCCAUGUGAAAAAAUAGUUCCUUUUGAAACUGAAAAGGCUGAGGAUGCUGCUAAUGAAGCUGUGAUAGUUGGGGCUUUCUGGUACUUACUAUCUGUGGAACGUAAUGAUACAUGCUGGCAGAAAGCUUGUGAGCAAAGUGGAGAAUGCAACUCUAAUUUCUUGUAUUGCGGCAACCAGUACAUGGAGGGCUAUAAUAACUGGAGCAACAUCAGUUCNAACGUAAUGAUACAUGCUGGCAGAAAGCUUGUGAGCAAAGUGGAGAAUGCAACUCUACUUUCUUGUAUUGCGGCAACCAGUACAUGGAGGGCUAUAAUAACUGGAGCAACAUCAGUUCCUCAGUUUUGA